AACUUUUUUUCAUCAGUUUCACCGUUUAUUAAUUUAUUCCAAUAAUCAAUUUUUUUUCCUUUUCUGCCGACACCUACUAUAAAACAAAAAAAGAAACUAAAAUUUGAUCUUUAUAUUCUAAAUUCUAAAUUUUGUUCUGUUUCAGUUUUUUAUUCCCCUGUUUCAUACUUUCUAUUUUCAUGCUUCCUUUAAUUCACAAAAAAUUCAACAAUUUUUGUUUACCAAUUCAUUCUCCACAUGUCAGGUCCUCUUGAUCGCUUCGCUCGUCCAUGUUUUGAAGGUUUUUCUGGUCAUCAUGAUGAAAGAAGGGAGAGAAAAUCAGAUUUUGAGAAUUCGGAAGAUGAUCGGCGAACAAGAAUUGGGAGUUUGAAAAAGAAAGCCAUAAAUGCUUCGAGUAAAUUUAGGCAUUCUCUUAGGAAGAAAAGCCGGAGAAAGAAUGCAAGUCGGAGUAAUUCACUUGCAAUUGAGGACGUUCGAGAUGUUAAGGAGUUACAAGCAGUGGAUGGUUUUCGACAUUUACUUAUUUCAGAUAAUUUGUUGCCAUCAAGACUUGAUGACUAUCAUACAUUAUUGAGAUUCUUGAAAGCAAGGAAAUUUGACAUUGAGAAGGCAAAGCAGAUGUGGGCCAACAUGAUCCAAUGGAGGAAAGAGUAUGGUACCGAUACAAUUAUGGAGGAUUUUGAGUUUAGCGAGCUGGACGAAGUCAUGCAAUACUAUCCACAUGGUUAUCAUGGUGUUGAUAAGGAAGGAAGACCUAUUUAUAUUGAGAGACUAGGUAAAGUUGAUCCCAAUAAGCUUAUGCAAGUAACUACCAUGGAAAGGUAUUUAAAAUACCAUGUACAGGGUUUUGAGAAAACGUUUGCAGUUAAGUUUCCUGCUUGUUCUAUUGCUGCCAAGAGACAUAUAGAUUCCAGUACAACCAUUUUGGAUGUUCAUGGUGUGGGUUUCAAAAACUUCACAAAGACUGCACGGGAACUAAUCAUGCGGCUGCAGAAAAUUGACGGUGAUUACUAUCCUGAAACACUAUGCCGAAUGUUUAUAAUCAAUGCUGGUCCUGGUUUCAAGCUGCUUUGGAACACGGUGAAAACAUUCAUUGAUCCCAAAACUAGUUCAAAGAUAAAUGUUCUUGGAAACAAGUUCCAGAAUAAGUUGUUUGAAAUUAUUGAUGCCAGUGAGCUGCCAGAAUUUCUUGGUGGCAGUUGUACUUGUAUAGAUCAAGGCGGUUGUAUGAGGUCUGAUAAAGGGCCAUGGCAAGAUCCUAACAUUUUAAAGAUGGUUCUCAAUGGUGAAAUACAAUGUCCUAGACAAAUAGUAACGAUUUCUAAUGAUGAGGGGAGAGUGAUUCAAUGUGACAAGGCAUCUUAUCCAAUGAUAAGAAGUAGUGAUACAUCAACAGGAGAAUCAGGGUCUGAAGUUGAAGAUAUCACUUCCCCCAAAGCAAGUGGGAAUUAUACAAACCCUAGGUUGACUCCUGUCCAUGAAGAAGCAAGGUUGGCUGGUAGGGCUGGUCUUUCUGUCGGUUUCCCUGAGUAUGAUGAGUACGUUCCGAUGGUUGACAAGACUGUCGAUGUUGCAUGGAUGGAGAAACAAGUCACGACUCAAAACUCACAUAGCACAACAGAAAAAUAUCAAUUAAGGACUGGAGGAUCGGAUGGAAAACGUGCAUAUAUAUGGGCUAUUAUCAUUGGCUUCUUUGUUGCCAUUUUUACUUUUGCUCGUUCAAUAGCAUUUCGUAUGACUAAGGGAAUAAAGGAAAAUGACUCCGACUGUGUCCAACCAAUAAACAAGGAAGAAUCUCGUCCCCCAUCACCUGCUCCCACAUCGACAAAGGAAGAACUUGUCCCGUCUGCUUUGAAACGCCUUUGUGAGCUUGAAGAGAAGGUUGAAAUGCUGCAGUCAAAACCUAAUGUAAUGCCAGGUGAGAAAGAGGAGCUGCUGAAUGCUGCUGUUUAUCGCGUGGAUGCCUUGGAAGCUGAAUUGAUCACUACAAAGAAGGCUUUAUACGAUGCUUUGAUUAGACAAGAAGAACUUAUGGCAUACAUAGACAGUCAGGAAAGAAGAAAAUUCGAGAAAAGGAAGUUGUGCUGGUUUUGAGUUAACUGUACAGAACGAAGCUGCUACACAAAUGUGAAGGAUUUUACUUCUUUUCUGCUUGUAUAUUUCCACUGCUCAUUUUUUUCAUGUUGGCUUGUACAUUUUCUGUAUAAAUUUAUAUUGUGUGAUGGAACAAUAUUAAUUUUCUCUUGUGGCUACUUAUCUCUCUAAAUUUUAAUAUUGUUGAGUUUGAGUGUUGAAUUGUAAAUUAUUAAUAGCAUGAUAUUUAUCAAGUUGAAUUUAAGUUAAAGUUUGAUCCA